GAGGCGUACCCAGGAACCUCGUUUCUCCGUGAAGUCCGCGACGCGUUUGUGCCAGUCUACAAGGCAGUGAUCGACGGCAUCGAGGUUGAUCUCGCGUAUGCCAGCGUUCCGCUCAAGUCCAAGCUCCCAACGAGCACAACCGGGUUUGACGACGUCCCACUCGACGCGCUGGACCCGGCCUAUGCCGAGGUCGAGACGAAGAAGGUGCUCAAUGCUAUCAAGGACGAUUUUGCGUCUGUGGCGUCGAUUCGCGGCCCGCGCGAGGCUGGCAAGCUUGUGUCACUGGUUCCGGACGUGGAGGUGUUCAAGGCCACUCUUCGUGCGGUCAAGCGGUGGCAGAAGAACCGCGGGCUCUCGGGCUCGUCGGUCUGCCUCCUCGGCGGCCUCUCGUGGGCGCUGAUGGUGGCCAAAGUCUGCCGACGUUUCCCUGGUGCGAGCGUGGAGGAGCUGCUUGCUGCUUUCUUCGCCACCUACGCCUGCUGGGAGUACCCAGAGCCGAUUGCGCUCAUUCCUCCCGGAGACAUUCCAAAGCACGCCGCCAACGCAGGCAUCCAUCCGUGGACCAAGUCCAAGGCCAAGUACCACCGGAUGCCGGUCCUCUCGCCGUGCUACCCGCCCGAAAACACGGCACGCAACGUGACGCCGUCGACGCUGCGGCUCCUCAAGGCCGAGUUUGUCCGCGCUGCUAACCUCGUUGCCGGGCUCGGCUCCGGCCAAGCGAGCUGGCUUGAUCUCUUUGCGCGGAGCCAUCACACUGCCCAAUACCCUGCGUACGUCCAGCUCGAGCUCUUUGCGCUCUCCGACGCCGAUCUGGCGGAGUGGACCGGAUGGGCGCUCUCGCGCAUGCCUGCACUGGUGGCCGACCUCGAGGCGCUCGACCUCCAUGUGGCACCGUCCAAGGAUCUUCUCGCGCCGCCGGCCGACGCCAGCGCCGACGCCUCGCGCUCGGUUUUUAUCGGGUACGCACGCUCACCGUCCGCGCCGCUCACCGCCAAACUCCCGUCGCAGGCCCAGAUCUUCACCACCGUCCAGUCGUGGAUCGAGACGCUGCACGCCUUCCCACGCCGUGUCGACGGUAUGCACGCUGCAGCCUCGACCUGCAAGCGAUCGCGGGUGCCAAAGUGGGCGCGAACCAAGGCCAAGUCAUCCAAGCCAUGACUCGCCACCGUGCCACGCUAUCCUCAUUGUUCACGAACACUCUUGGCAUGCACUCGAAUCGACCUUCCAACGAAGGUGCCAAGGAAGAACAUGCCGUCGACGCCAUGCUAAAUUCCCGAAAACCACCUCCCUCACUCACUCACUCUCUCUCUCUCUCUCUUGCCUCCCGUGUCCGCCGAUCCUGCUCUCUUCCCCACUCGGCUAUGGCUCAAGCGCUAGCCAUGAGCAUGCAAGCGUCUCUCACCUCGGUCCUCCAGCGCAUGUCUGGCCAUCCGGCACAAGACACAGCACCUGCUGAAUCCACCACAUCCACCGCAUCUGCCGCAACAGCCGCACCGUCCGAGACCAACCCGGCUGCUCCAGUCUCGGUUCUUGGGACUGAUACGGACACGGCGCGGUCAGAGGUGGAUGGCGGCCUGCAGAUGGUGCUCCGAUGGGACGCUUCGGACCAAACGCUGCACGUAGGUGUGGCCAACGUGAGCAACGCGCCGCGGGCGGUGGCCAUGACCCGCUCGAUCUACCCCCGAGUCACCUUUCGGGUCAAAGGCUCCGCCAUCGAUGUGCCGUACGAUGCCGUGGACGUCGAUGCCGACGACUCAUUCUGGGCUACCAAGCUCUCCGACUUUAUCUUUGUCCAUCCGGGCACCGUCUUUCCGCUCUGCUCGGGAACAUUUGCCCGCGACUCGGAGAUGUGGCGCUUUAUCAACUGGUCCAUGUUCGAGGACUACAGUGAUCACCCGUUGCCUGCCGGCGCCUACACCGCCACCGUCGAGUUUGGUCCUUCGGUCACGGCCUACGAUCCCGCCCACGAGCCGGACGUCGAGUUGGAUGAUGUCUUUUCAGACGACGGCUGCGAUGAUCUUGACGGCCGUCACGACGUCGCACCUCCCGACGGCGAUCCUGCUGCUGAUCCCGAUACCAGAGCCGUCCGGUACGGCUACGAGGACAUGCUCACCGGCGAGUACUUCAAUGGUCGAGUCCGUGUCUCCAACCAUGGCGCCGUCCCCCAGGCCCAACCUGGCAUCUGGCGCGCCUCGCUCCGUAUCGUACUCCCUCUCUCCGACAUCCUCUCCCGCUCCUGCUCCGACUCAGAGUCAUAGCCCCCUCCCC